GUUACGCCGCGUUACGUCAGAUGAACUUCUGUGAUCUGGCCGGAGCGCUGGGGAAAUGCACGGUUCCGAGACGUUCGGGCAUUUUUCGUGAUUGCUGACAGCGCGCGUCCGCGAGGAAACGUGAACUUCACCUGCCGCCGGCGGCGAGCGCGUGCCCGGCCUCUGUAACUCCCGGUGUGACAGCAGCGGCGGCGGCAACAGGAGGUUGGGCUCGGCGGACAUGGCGGACCGCGGCAGGUCGCCAGCUGCCAGAUAAACGUCAGGCAAAGCGAAACCGCAGCCGGCCGGGGGCCGAGCUGGGGGUCCGUCCGGGGGCCUCGCCGUGGUUCUGGCUUUCAUGGAUACCCGGGGCCCUGCAGGACCGUGAGCCCGCAGCUGAAGCCGGAUGGCGUCCACUCAAGCCCGCCUGGGCCAGCAGGCCUUAGCGGUGCUGGACGUGGCUCUGCGAGUUCCCUGCAUCUUCAUCAUCGACGCGAUUUUCAACUCCUACUACGACCCGGGCUCGGGAUGGGCCGGCGCGGCGGGGAAGGUGCUGGUCCGGGUCAUGGGCGUCCUGGUCUCCGGCAUGGUGCUGCUGCUCUCCCAGAAGGCCCUGUUCCGCUUCUACACGCUGUUCUCGGCCGUCCUGCUGGGCGCGGCGGCGGUCCUCAUCAACUACUACGCCGCCUCCCACAUAGACUUCUACAGCGCCUACUACAAGGCGGCGCUGGGCUUCCGGCUGCUGCCGCGCAACGGGCCCACGCUGUGGCUCGCCAUGGCCGCCGUGCAGCUGCUGUUCGCCGUGGGAUACGUCUUCCUGCUCGACCUGCAGUCGGCGUUCGCGGCGCUGGUGGUGCUGGACGUCAUGGUGCCGCUGUGGGGGCUGGCCAUGGAGCUGCCCGCCGACGUGCGGCAGCUGGUGGCCGUGCUGUCGGGCCUGGCGCUGGCGCUCAACACGGCCGUGUGCCUCGCCGCGCGGCUCCGCUGCUUCUACUACUCCUGCAGGUACGUCUACCUGCUGGUGCGCCACAUGUACCGGAUCUACGGCCUGCAGCUGCUGCUGGAGGACACCUGGAAGAGGAUCCGCUUCCCCGACGUGCUGCGGGUCUUCUGGCUGACCCGGGUCACGGCCCAGGCGCUCAUCCUGGUCUACGUGGUGCGAGCGGUGAGGAGGGAGAGCGGCGACGCCACGGGGGCCGCCGCCGACGGGGGCUCACAUUCCCAGGGCUACCUGCUGAGCUGGGACGUCUUCUGGGACCUGACCAGUAACCUGAUCAUCUCCGGCUGCGACUCCACGCUCACCGUGCUCGGCAUGAGCGCCGUCAUCUCGUCCGUGGCCCACUACCUGGGCCUCAGCAUCCUGGCGUUCAUCGGCUCCACGGAGGAGGAGGACAAGCGCCUGGGCUUCGUGGCGCCGGUGCUCUUCUUCAUCCUGGCUCUGCAGACCGGACUCAGCAGCCUGGACCCCGAGGAGCGCCUGGUGCGUCUGAGCCGGAACAUGUGCCUCCUCCUCACGGCCAUCCUGCACUUCAUCCACGGCAUGACCGACCCCGUCCUCAUGUCCCUCAGCGCCUCGCACGUGUCCUCGUUCCGCCGCCACUUCCCCGUCCUGCUGGUGUCGCUGGCGCUCUUCGUGCUGCCGGUGGCGCUCAGCUACGCCCUGUGGCACCACUACGCCCUCAACACCUGGCUGUUCGCCGUCACCGCCUUCUGCGUGGAGCUCUGCCUCAAGGUGGUGGUCUCCCUGACGGUCUACGGCCUCUUCAUGGCGGACGGCUUCUCCAACGUCCUGUGGGAGAAGCUGGACGACUACGUGUACUACGUGCGCUCCACGGGCAACAUCAUCGAGUUCCUGUUCGGCGUCAUCAUGUUCGGGAACGGCGCCUACACCAUGAUGUUCGAGUCGGGCAGCAAGAUCCGCGCCUGCAUGAUGUGCCUGCACGCCUACUUCAACAUCUACCUGCAGGCGCGCAACGGCUGGAAGACCUUCAUCAACCGCCGCACGGCCGUCAAGAAGAUCAACUCGCUGCCCGAGGUGCGCGACGAGCAGCUGCGCGACAUCGGGGACGUGUGCGCCAUCUGCUACCAGGAGUUCGCCAGCUCGGCGCGCAUCACGCCGUGCCACCACUACUUCCACGCGCUGUGCCUGCGGAAGUGGCUGUACAUCCAGGACACGUGUCCCAUGUGCCACCAGCGGGUGUACGUGGAGGACGAGGGCCGCGACCGCGCCGCCGCCUCCAACAACAACGGGGGCUACGCCGCGCCGCAGGAUGCCGCCGCCGCCGGCCCCCCGCCGCCGGGGGAGCACGGCCGGCAGGACGCCGAGCCGCCGGGCGGCGGCGGCGGCCCCGGGGUGGGCGGCGAUCAGGCGGCGGCGGCGGCGGAGCCAGACGACGAGCUGCUGGAGGACAAUGACAGCAUAGAGUACGACGAGGACGAGUGGGGGACGCAGAACGGCGGCACGCCGCUGGAAGAGGACUACAUCAACGACGACACGGACUCCACCGACGACUGACGGCCGCUCGCUCGGCGCCGCCGCCGCGCCGUGGCAGAGAUUUAAUUUAAAGACUCAAACUUCAGCAUCUUAAUCUGGUUCUGAAAUCCGAUUGGCAGGGAUGUCUUCUUCUUCUUCUGUUUGACUUUCAGUUUUACUCUAUAAGGGCUCAUGGAGGAGGAGCUGCUGCUGCGUGUGUGUGUGUGUGUGUGUGUGUGAGUGUGUGCGCGCGUUUGUGUUAAAAUGCUGAGUGUUUGAUUGGUGACUGGAGCGACGACGCAAAUCCAAGCUGUGAUCAGUCUGCAGGACGAUGGGUGAGCAGGCCUGGACCGGUCCCGGACCCUGGCCCCGGCCCGGG